AUGAAAGUUAUUGUUAAGACUUGUAAAAGAAGAACUCAAGCUCCUGCAGAGCCGUCCACCCAAAGUAAUUUUUCAUCGAUUAACGAGGAAGUUGUGGGCUUUGAGGAAGAUGAUCAAAGUAUAAUGCAGAAAUUGACCGGAGGAACAAAGGAGCUUGACGUUAUCUCAAUCUUUGGAAUGGCCGCAUAUAAUGUCAAGACCCUGUUAGUUGAGAUUUUCAAACAAGCAACACGUGAUAGGAGUGAAAUCAAAGAGGACGUUGACAUAGCUGAUGUGUUGCGCAAAAGACUAAUAGGUAGGAGAUGCCUCAUUGUAUUAGAUGAUAUAUGGAAAGUUGAGGCAUGGGAAGAUUUGCGAUUAUGUUUCCCUAAUGAUGAAAAUGGAAGCAGAGUAAUGGUUACAACUCGAAUUGAAGAAGUGGCUAAGCAUCUUCAGCACCGCAGGUUACAAGUUGCCCGACAUUGUAAAGGGUUGCCUCUUGCCAUUGUCAUGGUUGCUGGGAUUAUUAAGGAAAAGGAAAGGAAGGCAUCCUUGUGGCUAGAGGUUGCAAAUGACUUAAGUAGUCAAGUUUUAGGAGAGCAGGGUAUGAAGGUAAUACAAACAAGUUAUGACCAUUUAGAAGACCACUUAAAGCAUUGCCUUCUCUACAUGGCAUUGUUUCCAGAAGACUAUGAGAUUCCAGUGACUAAUUUGCUGAAGUUGUGGAUGGCCGAAGAGUUUGUACUGAAUGUUGACAAAGAGAACAUGGAGGAAGCAUCUAGCAUUUGCUCGAAUGAUCUACUUAACAAAAGCCUUGUAAUGGUCUCUAGAAGGAGAAUUAAUGGUGACGUAGAAUGCUGCACACUUCAUGAUGUAGUGCGUGAGUUUUGCUUGACAAAACUUAGAGAAGAAGAGUAUAUGCAGCCUACAGUGCCAUACAAUCCCUAUCAACAUUUGUAUUCCAAGGAAUCGCGGUUAUGCGUUUAUAUUCAGGAUGAUUUGGUUGAACAACUAGAUCAUUCUGAAUAUCGGCCGGAUAAGAUUAAAAUGUUAGACUCCGAGGAAACGUCUUUGGAGUUCAUUGCUCAUCCAGAAAUCAACGCAUGGAAACGAUCAAAUCCUUUACCUUUACUAGUUAAAUUAAGAUUUGUUCGGGUGUUGCAUUUGAUGGAUGUGAAGUUGACAAGUUCCAGCGCUAAAGCAGUACAAUCGCUAACUCUCUUGAGGUACCUUGCAGUUCGUGUUGAAGAUGAAUUCGAAUUCAGCUGGGUAUCACAGCUACACGAUCUUCAAACUCUACAGGAAUGGAAGAAGACUCCUAAAAGGACUAAAUCUCCUUAA